GACUCGGUGGGUACGCCGCCGGCCACCAGCGCGGGCUUCCCCCGGAGCCGAUAAAAGCCGCGCUGCGGCCGCAUGGCCGGGCUCUUUCCCUCGGAAGCUGCAACUCUCCUGUCUUUUCCCUGCCCGCGCUCGGGCCCGGCCCGGCCUCCGCGCUUCCCUCGCACGCCUAAGCUGAUGCGCCCCGCUGGUGCGCUUUUACGCACAGCUGGGGCCAGCGGGCUCCAGGCCCCGGCGUUGUGAGCCGCCUCCCGCUCCUCGCCUCCCGGCACGAUGGACGAGCCCCAGCCCCUGCCUAUUCGCGCCCGGCUGAGUUACUCGGUGGGCCAUUUCCUCAACGACCUGUGCGCCUCGAUGUGGUUCACCUACUUGCUGGUCUACUUCCACUCGGUGCUGGGCUACAGCACCCGGCACGCGGGGGCGCUCCUGCUGGCGGGGCAGGUGGCCGACGGCAUCUGCACACCCCUGGUGGGCUACGAGGCGGACCAGGCCGGCGGGUGCGCGCGCUACGGGCGGCGGAAAUCGUGGCACCUGGCUGGGACCAUCAGCGUUCUGAUCUCCUUCCCCUUUAUCUUCAGCCCAUGCAUUGGCUGCUCGGAGAACACACCUGAGUGGGCUGCGCUCAUCUACUUCAUCCCAUUUAUUAUCAUCUUCCAGUUUGGCUGGGCAGCCACCCAAAUCUCUCACCUCUCGCUUAUACCAGAGUUGGUCACCAGCGACCAUGAAAAGGUGGAGCUCACAGCUUUCAGGUAUGCCUUCACUGUCAUGGCCAACAUCACGGUGUAUGGAGUAGCCUGGUUCCUCCUGCACUUCCAGAUUGACCACGCAGAGACAAAGAAAUUCACCCAGCAUCUCGGGCGCCAUGACAUUCCUGUCUUUCGGAACCUAUCCCUGAUUGUGAUAGGCCUGGGUUCCAUUACUUCGCUCCUCUUCCAUCUUGGGACCAAAGAAAAUGCACAGACACUUCCGAGGUUGCCUGAUCCUGAGGAGCACACUCCCCUAUUGUCUCCAGACCAAAAACAGCCCCAGCCCUUCCUUCUUUGGAAAGACUGGUUUCUGGAGCCUGCUUUCUACCAGGUGGCGAUGCUCUACAUGUGCACCCGUCUCAUUGUCAACCUAUCUCAGACAUACAUUGCAAUGUAUCUCACAAACUCACUGCUGCUCCCAAAGAAGUACAUUGCCACAAUCCCCCUGGUGAUGUAUAUUAGUGGCUUUCUCUCCUCCUUUUUGAUGAAAACUGUGAACAAACGGAUUGGCAGAAAUCUCACCUACUUCCUGGGACUGUUGAUUAUCUUGGCCUUUGCCUCCUGGGUGGCCCUAGCCGAGCAACUUGGCAUAGAGGUUUAUGGGGCCGCUGUUCUGCUUGGGGUCGGGUCGGCCACCAUCCUGGUAACGUCCCUCUCCAUGACGGCUGAUCUCAUUGGGACCCACACGCACAGCGGCGCCUUCGUCUACGGAGCCAUGAGCUUCACUGAUAAAGUUGCCAACGGACUGUCAGUGAUGAUUAUCCAGAACCUGCAUCCUUGCCCAACGAAGCUCUGUUGCAAUGGCUGUGUGACCUUCUACCAUUGGGUAAUGGUCUCAGUUACUGGGGGCAUGGCGGUGGUGGCCGCCCUGUUCCUAUCCUGCAUCAUGAUCUGGCCGAUCACCAUCCGUUUCCAUGAUGUUUCGAUUUCGGGACUAGCAGGGGUGAAUCCAAGAGACCGCCAGCAUCUUGAGGAAGGCGAACAAUCGGCUGUGGUGAACUGAGAUGUCCGGUCCCGAAAUGAAGGAGCGAGCAAGAAUGGGAUGGAGUUGGGGCCAUGUGGCAGCACGGAAAUGCAAAGAGCUUUUUCAUCUAGCUUGAAGUUGCCCCUUUUUGCUCUUCAGACCGAACAUGGACCAUCCCAGCAUAUUUUGCACAAGUCUUCCUUGACACUUACGGGAAAAUCCUUUCCCUUGACCACCUCAUUCCCCCAGCCUUUCUUUUGCACAGCUAGUGAAGGACUAGCAAUGAAGCAAUAUAUUCCACCAUCUAAUCUCUUUACCUUCACUCUGCCAUUCCCCUUUUCUACCUACUUGUAUGUAAAAAGUAUAAAUAAAUAGUU